UAACCAAAACCCAAGUAUUGGACUGCCUAAUAUUAUUAGUAGAUAUUUUAACCGUAUUGAUAUUAUUAUUAAGAAGUAUUUUACUUCAAGAAUGUUAAAACUUCAACGCUAUCAAAUUAGUGAAAGUCUACUUUAUCGUGUUAAAGAAGUUAAAAAUUGGGAAUAUUUGGUUAAUUCUCAAGUACAAAAUCUUAAUUUAAAAGAAAAUAGUGAAUCUGAUAAUCAUGUUAAUAUUAAAUUUCACGAAGAUAAUUAUGAAUCAACUUUGUUGAAUUUACACUUAAUGAUGAAAUACUUAGAUUCAGUUAGUAUUUAUGAAGUUGCAAUUACAAUAUGUAGUAGUAGAGAAGCUUCUAGGAAUGAAAUAGUAUAUAAGCAUCGAGUAGUAACUAAUUUUGAUAUACUAAAUGAAAUUCAACAUACACAACCAUUGUCAGAGACCAUUAGACAAAAUUUGGCAUAUAAAACAAAGUAUAAUCAAGGAUUUGGGUAUGCUAAAAAAGCCAUCAAUUUGGCGCUUCAAUUAG